AUGCAGCAGGGCGAGGGCUGUGAUAUGAAAAUCAGCAAAGUUAUUUCAGGAUUCUAUGGAAGGCCAUGGACUUUCGAGCAGAGAAAACAGUUGUUUGCUAGGCUUAACCGGCUUGGGAUGAAUACAUACGUCUACGCUCCAAAAGAUGACCUUAAACAUCGUCCGCAAUGGAGAGUGCCAUAUGAUUGUGAAGAAGCAGACAUACUGCGGAGCCUCAUUGAAUCAGCACGAGAAAAUAACAUCAGAUUCGUAUAUUCCUUGUCACCAGGAAUUGACAUCGCCUAUUCGAAGACAGAAGAAAUACUUUGCAUCAAGAGUAAACUCGAUCAGGUUCGUAUGCUCGGAUGCGAGUCAUUUGCACUUCUUUUCGAUGACAUCGAGUGCGAAAUGAAUGAAAUGGAUAGAAAAUGCUUCGACUCCUUUGUUUCAGCACAGGUUGCUGUGACCAACGAGGUUUACGAAUAUCUAGGACGUCCCCAGUUCUUUUUUUGCCCCACAGUCGAGCAGUGCCAUCGCUGGAGCACUCCGAAUAUCUAUUUGUUGUAUAUAUCCGUUAUUCUUGCUCUGUCAGGCCCUCGGGUGAUCUCUCGUCAUAUUACCGUUGAUCACGUUCGAAGUGUAUCCAGAAUACUCCGUCGCAGACCGCUUAUUUGGGACAAUUUGCACGCAAAUGACUACGAUCAAAAACGAGUUUUCAUGGGUCAACAUGUUCUCACUUUCUUCCCGCACUUUUAUCUUUUCACUGAAGCUGUGGGAUUAUUGAUGAAUCCAAGUUGUAAAUACGAAUUGAACUUUGUUCCUCUACUGACGUUUGCUGAUUGGAACGCAAGCAGUGAUGAUUGUUCUGUGAACGGUCAGUGCGGUUUCUCACUUUUUCCAAUCUGCUUUGCUUGUUUACAGCAGGGAGGGACGUGGUAG